AUGGAGCCGGCGGAACAGAUUGACGGUUCGACAUUCUGCACAAUGAAUGACGAAGCCCCCACCAGAGUUAUGGGCACCUGUAAUAGCUCGCCCGAUAUUACCAUUGCUAGUGGUGGUUUGAUAAAUAACAUAACCUGGCAACCUAUGCUAACUCUCGCAUCAGACCAUCUGCCCAUAAUUAUCUCGAUCGAGAAACCUCCUGAUUUCGUUUCUGUGGACAACCGUACCUUCGUUAACUUUAACAAAGCUAACUGGGUCGGCUUCACAGAAUUUACUGAGAACACUUUCAACGCUCUGCCCAUUCCCGCGGACGUAUCCGUUGGCAAACGUCGAUUCCGCAAGGUGAUCGCAGCAGUUACCGCCGAAGCAGCCGUUUUAGCUAACGAGCGCGACACCUUACGCCAUGCCGAUCCCGGGGAUCCCCGAAUAAGGGAUCUCAAUUUGGAGAUUCGGCGAAUGGUAAAUCAUCAUAAGCGG